AUGGCAGAUGAGAGUAUGGAAGCCGCAAACACGCAGACGUUCAAAGGGCCUAUUUUUGGCACGACAGUUACUGUAGAAGUCGCAGAGAAGAAGUUGAAAGAGUACUUUAAAACCGGCAGUGUAUUUGGUUCAAAUUUUAAAAUAGUUCGUAUCGGAGUUGGGCAGGGGUUUAUGUCUGUGGUAGCUAGAAUCUACCCUGACUGGAAACCGGAGAACAAGGAUCUUCCUAAAACUCUUAUUGCAAAAAUAUCAAGUCUUGCAACUGUAGGUCAGGUAAUAAACGAUAAACGAUAUGCUAAAAAGGGAGGCAUUUUUGGAGAUGAUUUGUCUAUGCUUGAUAAAAUGGAGAGAUGUCUUAGCGGAGUACACAACGGAGAAGCCGAAUUUUAUAAUGCAGCUAAGCAGUAUAGAUUCCAAAUAAAAAUUCCAGAGGUUUAUUUCGCCGAGCGGUACUCAGAAAGUUGCCAGCAAGGCUAUUUUUUAAUGGAGGAUUUAGGAGAAGACGCUUUUGUCAUUUAUCCGUUCCAAAGAACGACAAUUGAGGAAGCUAAACAAGUGGUAAAACAACUAGCAAUUCUUCACAGUUAUUCUCUACAACAUACCGAGUUAAUCGAAUUAGGAAAAUUAGAUUAUUAUCAGCUUAUGAAGGAAAUGGGUAAUUCGGUGAUUACGAGCGCUAUAGAAAUGUUUAAAAAGUCUGCUAAUGCUGAGGUGAAAGCGAUUUGUGAAGAGCUGUCCAAAGAACUCAAUAAUAUCCUGGAUGCACAGUUUCUCCCAGCUCUAAAUGAGGAAUGCGGUUUACCUCCAAUUCUCACUCAUGGCGAUCUGUGGUCUUCAAAUAUAAUAUGGAAAUAUGAGGGCAACAGCAGAAAACUUGCUGGUAUUGUUGACUGGCAGGUAAUCCACAAAGGAUGUGCAGCAGACGAUUUAUUGCGCUAUUUUGCAUCAGCGCUUAGUCCUGCGGAUCGGCGACAACACUUUGACGAAUUGAUUCAGUACUAUUACGAAGAACUAGAAAAAAGUUUCGGUUUACCAUUGUCAUUCACUGUAUCACAACUGAAAGAUUCGGUGAUCCAAAGUCUGCCAUUCUUAAUGGUCGCUAUUCUGGUAGUAUUUGGUCCAAUGUCUGCUGUGCAGAUAGAGGAAAAGUUCCCAAACAAAAAAGAGGAAUAUAUGAAAAACUGUGAAGAAAGCGUUCUUGGAAUAAUUGAAGAUGUUCUAUAUUAUUAUAAACUUAAUUCCCAAAAACCUUAA